AGGCAGUGUUUGGGGACCUUCCGGGGUCCUCCAGAGGUGAUGACGCUUUUUCUGAGACAAAGACGCGAACCCAAAACUUUUUGAACAGAUGAAUAGAUGAUCCUUUUUUAUGUUUUUUUUUAACUUGUUGAAAACAAUGUAAACCUCCGAAUAGACGACGGAAGCCGAGCAGGUGAUUCCUGAGAGCAGAAACUAUUAACAGCGUCCGGGAGGCCUCUGCUGCCGCCGCCAUGCCUCAGAAGAGCCCCCAGACGGCCCACUACAUCGAGCUGGGAGGUUACCAGUACUGGCCGGUUCUGGUGCCCAGAGGCAUCCGGCUGUACACGUACGAGCAGAUCCCGGCGUUCCUGCGGGAGAACCCCUACAUCACAGACGGGUACCGAGCCUACCUGCCCUCCAGGCUGUGUGUGAAAAGCAUCUUCAUCCUGUCCAACGAGACGGGGAACAUCUGGAGCCACCUGCUGGGCUUCCUGCUCUUCUUCUGUCUGGGCGUGUACAACAUGGCGUCGGUGCUGCCGGCGGUCGGCGCCUCCAGGGAGGACUACGUCAUCUACGGCAUCGGACUCUUCUGCUUCCAGGUGUGCAUGCUGUGCUCUGUUGGGUACCACAUGUUCUGCUGCCAUCGCUCGGAGAAGACCAGCCGCCGCUGGAUGGCGCUGGAUUACGCUGGCGUCUCCAUCGGCGUCCUGGGCUGCUACGUCCCCGGAGUCUUCUACACCUUCUACUGCAACGACGUGAGUCCCCCCGCCCCCCUCUGUGGUUGGACUUCCCACCAGUACUGGCGGCAGGUCUACCUGGUGACGGUUCUGGCGAUGAUCCUGGCCGUGUUCUUCGCCCAAAUCCACCCUCAGUACCUGAGCACGGCGUGGAAGCGGCUGCGCUCGCUCACCUUCGGCCUGGUGGCCGGGUACGGCCUGGUCCCCACCGUCCACUGGAUCUGCAUCACGGGGGGGUUCUCCUCGGAGCUGGUCCAGGCCUUCGUCCCACGGGUCCUGGGGAUGUACUUGAUUGCAGCUCUAGCUUUAGUUUUCUACGUCUCCAAGGUUCCUGAGCGCUACUUUCCAGGUCAGCUCAACUACCUGGGCUCCAGUCACCAGGUGUGGCACCUGCUGCUGGUCCUCCUGUUUUACUGGUGGCACCAGUCGUCCAGCUUCCUCAUGGCGUACAGACACAGCCAGCCGUGCCCCGCCCCCCAGCACACCUAGACACCUGCAAACGACCGCUGGCCGGUUCUGCCGUUUCCCUGAGCGGACCGCAGCAGCUGCAGCCUCUGCAGGCAGCACAGCCGCUUCCCCCCUGUGGCUCCUGCAGCUUCUUGGAAACGGGACCGGUCCUUCCUGUCCCACCGCGACACGCCGAGGACGGGCCUGCAGGCCUCCCCGUCCUCUCUGCUGGGACCCACGGAACACGGAGUAGAACCCGCCACCCGGAGCCUCCAAGCUACCAUUCCACACGGCCACCAGCUGAAGAGGCAGCGGUUAGUUUCAGCUCGAAGCAAAACCGAUGACGAACGUGUAAAAGUCAGACCCCGCCCCCUCUGCAAACACGCCACCAAAGGAACGUUCUUCCUUUUCAGGAAACAUUUGUUCCAAAUGCAGUGGAACGUAGUUUACUGCACUGACGCAGAAGCUGAGCCGUGCUUUCAGCUCUGCAGCGUCUGCAGCGUCUGCAGGAGUGUCUGCAGCGUCUGCAGCUGUGACUAGUUGAUUUAGACUAAUGGGAUGUUUAAAGCUCAGGUUUGUCGUAGUAUUUUCCUACUUCCCUCCAGCAGAGGCAGACGUUCCAUCCGGACCAGAGAGCUGCUGCAGACUGAAGGAAAAUAACUGACCCCCUGCAGAAAGAGACGGCAGCUGUGGUUUCCAUGGAAACAGCUUCUUGAAUGACCUGUUGGUGAGGAGCUGCUGUCCAUCAUCUGUGUUCAGAUGAAUCUACACUCCUGUCACGUUAAAUCUCUAAAUAAAGCUCAGAAAAACCCAAA